UUGUCCUCUAAAUAUACUUUAUACAGACUAUACGUACAUUACUUUUGUAUCUAUACAUCAGAACUUUCCAUUCUGUUUUAAGCCAUGGAAGCUGUGCAAAUCGAAGAGCUGACGUCCGGCGCAAGCGGCCGGAUUAUUCCGGUGUUCAGGAACAUACGGCGAUCGUUGCCGCGCUAUGAAUCGCUCCGGCGAUCGUUGAUUUUCGUGCAAUCGAUUUUAUUGUGGUUCAUUCUGCUUCUGCGUCGGCACCGCCUCUCGCCGGCGUCGUCUCCGCCUUUGUCGCCGAAUUCUUCGGCGUCGUCGUCAUCGAAGAGGAAGCUGGCGGUUAGGAGAGAGGAGGAGGAUAUUCUGCGGCGGAGAGCGCUCGCCGAGGGGUUUAGAAUGCUUAGCGGCGAUGAGAGUGAGUUUUAUGAGUCCGCGACGUCGUUGUUUUAUGGACAUAGAGGAAACGCCUUGUUUUGCCGCUCCUGGCUCCCGGUUUUCGGUGAGAUGAAGGCAAUUCUGAUUAUCAUACAUGGUCUUAACGAGCACAGUGGAAGAUAUGCUGAUUUUUCACGACAACUGAACUCUUGCAACUUUGGGGUUUAUGCAAUGGACUGGAUAGGUCAUGGUGGGAGCGACGGGUUGCAUGGUUAUGUACCUUCACUGGAUCAUGUUGUGUCGGAUACUGGGGCUUUCUUGGAAAAGAUUAAAUUUGAGUACCCUGGAGUACCUUGUUUCCUUUAUGGUCACUCUACUGGAGGAUCUGUGGUUCUUAAGGCAGCUUCAUACCCGCAUAUUGAAAAAAUGGUGGAAGGAAUUAUUUUGACUUCGCCAGCUCUGCGGGUUAAGCCAGCACAUCCCAUCGUUGGAGCUGUAGCUCCAUUAUUUUCAUUGGUAGCUCCCAAGUACCAGUUUAAAGGUGCCAACAAACGAGGCAUUCCCGUUUCCAGAGAUCCUGCUGCACUUGUGGCCAAAUAUUCUGACCCAUUGGUCUACACUGGUCCCAUGAGGAUUCGAACAGGACAUGAGAUUCUCCGCAUUUCCUCCUACCUGAUGCGGAACUUUAAGUAUGUAACCGUUCCUUUCUUCGUCCUCCAUGGAAGUGCUGACAAAGUUACCGAUCCCCUUGCCUCUCAGGAUCUGUACAACGAAGCACCAUCCAAAUUCAAGGACAUAAAGCUUUAUGAAGGAUUCCUUCACGACCUUCUAUUUGAGCCUGAGCGCGAAGAAAUUGCCCAGGAUAUCAUUGAUUGGAUGGAGAAAAGACUAAGUGUUAGCAGUCUUACAGAUAUUGAUAGCCUCUGGUGAAACUAUUAUUAAUGUAUGAUAUAGAUUGUAAGUAUAGGUAUUUCCCAUGCUGGAUUGGUUUUAUUAUGGAAUUUGAUUCAUCAAAAAUGAGAUGCAUCUAUCAAUAUGAAACUUUUUUUGUA